AUGGGUGCUUUCUUAUGGUGGCCAAUCUGGAAAAACAGAAAUGCAGUAGUCUUCAACAGAGAUAACACAAAGAUAAAUGUUAUAAUACAAGAAGCCAUGAAAUGGUUCAAUAUGGAGAAUUGUGCUGAAGAUUUGGAGACUAUGCCUGAUGAGAUAGAUAUGCUGGAGAACCAAGAUCAUAUUUGGAAGCCACCUGAUGGACAGAAAAUGAAGAUUAACUUUAAUGGUGCAGCUGGUCCACGGGGUUUUUCAUGUGGUGCAGUAGCAAGAGACUGUAAUGCUAGAUUUCAGGGUUGUCAGAACAAGAUUUUAACUCAUUGCACUGCAGUGGAGGCUAAAGGAAAAGAGGCUCUGUUAGCUGUGGAGUUGGCUCGAAAGAAGGGGGUUAGAGACAUCAUCUUGGAAGGAGACUCUCCCAUAGUCAUAAAUGCUCUCAAAUACACUUAG